UCAAAAACAGAAGCGCCAAAUUCAAAAAUCUCUCCAGAACCAUCCGUUGAACGAGAUGCGAACUCGCUUCCUCAACAUCGACUACUUCAGCGUCGGACCUCCUCCUCCUCCUCCGCCAUCUUCUCCGGCCCAAACCCUAGCCUUCUUGGACCUUCCGGUCCCUCGCCUCCCUUCGGCUCCACCUCUCGCCUCGGGGCAGGGCCUCCUCUGCUUCGGCUCCCUCUCCACGAUCGAAGCCUCCCUCGAGCUCGGCAGGCUAGAGAUCGGACCCGCUCUCUCGAGGUUCCUGACCGACGUCGUUCCUCGGUUCGUCGACGCCGGAGGCGGCGAAGGUUGCGGAAAUGGAAGCAUCGAGAAAGAAGGAGAGCUAAGUCCUGAAGUGAAGGAAAGGUUGGACUACUGUUCAACUAUUAAGACUGCAGCUACGGAAGAUGAAUUUCCCAAAAUUAGCGAAAGUUUCAUCAAUGAAAAGGGCACACAAGGCAUUGCAGUAUUCCAGCUUGAGACACCGGAGCUGGCUAAUUGCUCGGAGAAUGCUCAUUUACUUGAGGAAGAAGCAGUAGGCAUCUUCUCUGAAGUUCUUGAAAUUGAAAACAAUGAGGAUGCACCCAAGCUGGGCUUUUCAGUGAACUAUACUUUGGAGGCUCAAGAAGUGGUUUCUAAAUUUGGAGACACAAGUAUACAGUAUCUCAUAGAGCCAAAGGCUGUCUUUUGGGAAGAUGAUGCUUAUGUUGCAGGCCUGUCGGACUUCCCAUGUACCCAAUUUCCUCUUUUAGAAGUGGAGGAGAUUAGUUUGGAAGUUUUGAAGAGCACAUCCGUGAAAUAUGAGCUUGUAAAGCUUCUUGACAAAGUUGAAUCACUAUAUCUUAGUCAAAAUGAUAAUUUUUCAUUUGACACCAAAGAAAUUUUGAACUUGCUCGAGAAGGACCUUUUGGAAUUUCCUUCACACCAUUGUCUGUCUAAGGACUGCCUUGAAUCAGACUCGGUAAUAGGGGCCACUUUUCUGGAAAUGGAUUUUGUGAGCAUUGUGGACAGACCUUAUCUACGAGGCAACUCACCUUGUCAAGGACCAUCAGACAGAGAUUAUAUAUCGUCAAUUAGCCCAGUUGUCCUUGAGGACUUUCAGAUACUUGACAUGGGGACAGCUGUAUUUUGUGAGGUCUUCAGCUUACAAGAAGUCCAUGAACCUGAGUUCUGCAAUGAGAUGCUGCAGGAAAAGGUGAAGUUCAAGAAUUUUGAGGAAUUGGUAAUCAGUCGGGAACUUGCUCUUGUUGAUGAGAUGUUCAAAUCACUGCCCGUGCCAGUUCUCCCCGACUCUGUAUUAGGAACUUUGUAUGCAAUUGUUGCAGAAGCACUGAUUGAUUUGAAGCCACAGCCUCCAUUGGCAUCUGAUGGGAUCUAUUUAAAUUGGCAUCUAUUGGAGGAAGACAACUGCAGCUCUGCAAUCUAUUCCUUUUAUCACAAUGUGGUAGCGGAGCUGAACAGGAGUGUUGACUUCGAUUUAAAUACUGCCAAUUAUGGGAAAGUCGUUCUUGACUUCAUCCUUCUUGAUCACACUCCUAGCAGGCCUAAAUCCGAAGAAGGCAGUGGGCCAUUGGACAUGCUUUCUGACGGAGUCUCUUUGCUGAGGGAGGGACUGACUGAGGCUGCUUCCAGGACGUCUACUGAUACUGAAUACCAAAAGCCAGCAAGUCAAAGACUAGUUUCCGAGUAUGAUUCUGAGAGGGCUUCUUCACUAUUCAAAUCUAUGUCACCAUUUCAUGACCUGGAGUUCUUCUUGAAUCCUUCAAAAGAUAGAGCUGAAGAAAAUAGUGUACCUGCAGGCAAGAUUCCCAGUGGAAUGAACGAUAUACAUGCAGUCAAGAUUCCUGGUGAUAUUACUUGCAAGGUUUCGACUAGUAGCCCAGGGGCAGGAAAUGCAUCUUGUGAGCCACCUGUAGUAGGAUCGGGCCAUAUCGAGCUAGGGAUUGUUUCUUUUCCUGACUCGGUCAUUAUUGUGAACACACAAAACUCAAGUGAAGUAAUGUUGGUGUCCAGAAGAAGUACAUAUCAAAAGAUUUUGGCUAUGGAGAAAGAAGGAAUUCAAGUAAUUGAGCGUGAUACAACCCUGCCUGUUGAUAUUAUAAUCAGCGCUGCAGUUUGCCUGGUGUGGUAUACUCGCAAGAACAUUGGGAGAAAAGCAUCUGGUUUCAGUGAAGGAUCUUCAGUGUUACCAUGUCAUAUUGAGAAUAUUGCAGCAAAUAUUCUUACGAACUUGAGCUUCGCUUUUAGGGCCUGCAUUCUGAUAUUUGAGGGAGAAUCUGACUUCCUUGCUUCAGUAAUGGAAUCAUCAGAUGGACUUUAUGCCGCGGCAGCUAGUCUGGGAAUUGAUUUGCAACUCUUUUGCUCCUUUUCACCUGUGUUGACCGAUGAGAUCAUACUGAAAUCUAUUGCUAAGGAAACUAGGACUAUUAGGGGUCUUUAUACUAAACUUCCUGAAUCAGAGACACUUGCAGAAUCUUUCCUGAUUAAAUUUCCUUCUGUUAAUCCACUAUCAGCUCAUGCAAUACUGUCUACUGAAGGCAUGCUCAGCAACUUUUUUGAAUCAUCUCAUGAAUGCAGAAUCUCCACGGUCCAAAAAUAUCAAGUUCCUGAUGAAAGUGUUUCCCUAUUUAGUGCUUUAUGCCAAUUUGGGGAACGUGAGGAUUCUCGGUCUAUAAUGACAGACUGCUCUUCUUCAGUGUCUUCAGGCCCUGACUCUAAACACUGCCAUAGUAAGCUGGAUUCUGGAGGGAAAAAAUGUAAGUACAAGAAGCACCCUGACAAAGGUGAUGUACCUGUGGACGACCAACUGCAUUUUCAGCCUUCAAAACUAUGUAACAACAGUUCCUCAAAACUUCCUGGGUUUAUGAAUCGAUAUGAUUCGUCAAUAUUCAAAGAUCAGGAGAUACCCAAUAAGUUUAAAGAGCCCAAUUCGUGUCUUGAUCAUUUCCUAGGUCAAAAAGGAGGGAUGGAUGAGUCAAUUACCACAUAUCCUGCUAGAGUCGGCAAUCGAUUUGAUUCUCGGAUCAAGAAAGGUGUUUUCUCCUCUGAUGUGACUGAACAUCAAAGCCUAGCAUCUGAUGAUGAUUUCCUUUAUUGGUACGCAGGAGCACACCUAGAUACAACGGACACUUUUGACUGGACAAAUAUCAAGAACUCUGAUAUUGUUCAUGAGGAAACUAAAGGUGAAGCUGUCAAGCUCACCGAUCCAUCAACUGUCAAUCCUUUGGAAUUUUCAUUUUCAUUGCCAGAUCUGGAAAACGAUGCCAAGGGUCGAUCCAUUCAUGCAAGUAGAUUUUCCUUCGAUCAACACAAUUAUCCAACUUUCCCAACAGUUGCUGAGAGCGAUUCUACUUCUUUUAUUCAUAGUCCUGGGAAUCAUCAAAGACAAAGUUUACAGGAAGAAACUGAUUGCUUCUUAUCUACGGAGCUAGUAAAUGACAAAAUGCCUACAGAUGAUCGGGAGAAACUCUUUAAGGGGUUUUUGGAUGGGAGAACCAUGGAGAACUUACAAGGUAUACCAGUACAGGCGAACAGGGCAAGGUAUAAUGGAACACCACUUAGAAAUGCCAUUCACAUGCCCCACUUGCAAAAAGGUUCACCCUGGACAAUUGAGUUUCUGAACAGAAUCCGGGAAAAGAGCAAGUUGCGACAGCAAUCUCUUCCAUCCAGUGCAUCUCCUUGUUAUAGCAAUACACGGACUAGAUCAAAUACAACAAGGCGAAGAAGUCCAUUUUUUGAAUUUUUUAAGUAUCAAGGAGAUAGCGCUGUCAGAAAAACACCUGAAGAGAAGAGGCAGAAGAGAUCCGCACAAUCAUUUGGUUCAUUCAAGAAUGGAAAAAUGUCAGCAUCGCUCGUCCCUUCGUGGACUCCUGUUGAUAAAAGAGCAAGACGGAAACUUUCCUUUGCGACAAAUGAAUCUGAGAGCCAGACUAAGCUGGUUUGGGGUGAUAAAGCCAGAGAAAUUCACGACCACUGAACAAUGUGUCUCUUGAGCUGAAUAUAAUAUAAAGAAUUAGGGUGCGUAAUCUCUCUCUCAACAAGAUAGUUUCACAUUUUGCGAAGAUGGCAAGGUAACUGGAUUCCUUGGAUCAUAUCUAAUUUUUACAUAAUUUUUCACAGAACUGAACAACCAUGAAGAAUUUCUGGGAUUUCCCUGGGGAUUUUCAUCAAGAAAUUAUGCACUUGGUGGGUUCCCAUUUGCAUUUAUUUCCUCUAUCACGUCAGACUAGGCUUAUGGCCGAAAAAAUGUCGGACUAGGCUGGCAACUUCAGCUGCACAGAUUGAACAUUUAUAAUUGUUAUCUCUUGUUAGUCAAGCAAAUUCCUUUGGCAUUUUGAUUAGAACUCUCUAGAGAAACUAAAGUAGUCACGAAUGUAUAGUUCAUAUAUUCUUAUUCAGUCGCUAAUUCCGACAAUCAAGCAGCUGCACUGUGAAUUGAAGAGCUUAUUUCUGAAAUCUAGAGAUGGUUUUAGAAAAUCUUCUCAAGGAAACCAUGGUUCUCCAUUAUAUAUGAAUUUUUGGUUUGCGACGAUGGGGUUUACUGUAAAUGUAGACAAA